AGACUAAACUUGGAAGUAAACUUACAAUUUUGUUAUAUUUUCUGAUUGCAGUACAUACAUAGAGUGUUAACUUCAUACAAAAAAAUAAUAGUGAAACAUAUAUUUAAAACACCGUACAAAAUAGACACCUGAUGUACGACGUGUCAAAUGAUCAAAUAUUUAUUGAGUUUUCGAAAUUAAGAGUCUAUAUUUAAAAAUGAAACAUUCUUUUUCACGAACUAUAUAUUAAAAUGUCGAUUUGAACUUGAUAUACCAUCCUAAAAUUAAGAUACAAUAAAAGUUAGAGAUACAACAAAGCCAAAAAAAUAUUUUCUGACCAAAUAUCGCAGACUAAAUAAUUUUGAAUAUUGAGCUAUGAUUUGGUAUAAAGAUAAUGAAUAAAAAAUUUUAAGAGGAAAAAUUAUCAAAAUGAUAGUUAAACAAAAUGCAGUGAGCACUGUGCAAACACGAACUGCUAAUACAUUAGCUUGUCGUCAAUGGUGGAAAGUAUGUUUUUUAUAUGGCGACCAACAAAAAUAUUAUAGACAAAUAUAUGGUAGAGCAGCAGCUCAGAGGUUGGCCACAGCUCAAACAAAUAGUAAUUCAUAUACAAAUGAAUCUACUUCGACAAAAACUUUGCAUCCGUUAGAAAAUAAACUUAUGGAUAAUAAAGAAUCGAUUAGGCCACAUAGACGAAUUACUGUAUUAGAUGAUCCAUUUCUCUUUGGCAUUGAGAAUGAUGGAUGUGGAUCUGAUAGUGGAAUAGAUGCUAAUCCGAAUUCUAAAAAUAAUCAAGUCUCAAUAUUACUGGUUAAUCAAGAGAAAAAAAGUAGCAAAGAAAGCUUAUCAUUGACUGUAAAUAGGUCUGAAAAUGUUGCUCGAUCACGUAUUGGAAUUGUUGACGGUAGCUUUUUUAGUAAUCCAAAUGUCGACAAAUCUAUCAAAAAUUCUAAUGAAAUGCAUAAUUAUAAAUAUCCUUUAAUAGAUGAAAAUAAUUCUGUUAGGCCAACAAAACAAUCAGCUCAACAAAAGUCGUUUCCUCUCCAAAUGCCAAACAAUCACCAAUUAGUAUUGAGCAACCAAAAUAUAACGACGGCUACAAAGAAUACACAAGAAGAAAUAUUCAAUCAAAAAACAGUUUUUUAUCCAGAUUAUAUGCGUCAGUAUCAAUUGUCUUCCAAUUCACUAGUUUCGAAAAAAAAGCUCCAACAAGAAAACCAUGCCUUGUCAAUCAAUGCCGAACAAAACUAUCGUCAACACGAAAGCAAUGGUGGAAGUUAUACACAUGGAGAGAAACAAUCAUUAGAUUUAACGACACGGCCCCAUCAGUCAAACAGAAACCAACAAAAAAACGUUGCACUUGCCACAUUGGAGACGACUCUAUAUGGACAACCGACGAGCCUGUCGCUAAUUUCAAUGCCACAAAAUAUGAGUUCACCCCAUAACAAUGUCUUAUGCCUCACUGGUCAAAAGAUUCCACAAGAUAUGUACAGACAUUCGCAUUCAGAUGACGAUAGCGGGUGCGCUUUAGAAGAAUACACAUGGGUUCCUCCCGGAUUAAGACCUGAUCAGGUCCAUUUAUACUUUGCUGCCAUUCAUGAAGAUAAAAUUCCAUAUGUAAAUAGUAUAGGAGAAAGAUAUAGGAUAAGACAACUAUUGCAACAAUUACCACCACAUGAUAACGAGGUUCGAUACUGUCAUGCAUUGACAGAUGAAGAAAGAAAGGAAUUAAUGUUAUUUUCAGCUCAACGUAAACGAGAAGCUCUAGGACGUGGUACAGCAAAACAACUUGCUCAAAACGUACAAUGUGAAGGGUGUGAAAAUAGCAUAAAGGAAAACGAAAUUGGAGUAUAUGCAUCACGAUUUGGUCCAAACAUUUUUUGGCAUCCAGUGUGUUUCGUUUGUUUUGUCUGUAAAGAGUUGCUCGUCGAUUUAAUAUAUUUUUAUAGAGAAGGACGACUUUAUUGUGGAAGGCAUCACGCAGAAACCCUUAAACCAAGAUGUUCUGCAUGUGACGAGAUUAUUUUGGCUGACGAAUGUACUGAAGCGGAAGGAAGAGCUUGGCAUAUGAAACAUUUUUCGUGUUUUGAAUGCGAUCAAAAAUUAGGUGGACAAAGAUAUAUCAUGAGGGAUGGUAAACCAUUUUGUUUGAAUUGUUUUGAUUCUAUGUUUGCGGAGUACUGCGAUUUUUGUGGGGAGCCUAUUGGUGUUGACCAAGGACAAAUGAGUCACGAUGGACAACACUGGCAUGCAACAGAAAAAUGUUUUGCUUGUACAACUUGUAGCUGUUCUCUUCUUGGUCGUCCUUUUUUACCUAGACGAGGAGCAAUUUAUUGUUCUAUUGCUUGUAGUAAAGGAAAUCCACCUACUCCGACAGACGGCAGUGGUAAUGUAAUGGAACUUUCUAAGAAACAAUAUUCAAAUGAAAAAUCAGAAAAAUCCCUAAAAGAAGAUAUUAAUGUCGGGAACUUACAAAUUAAUUCACAUUUGCUUGUAAAAAAUCUAUUGGAAAAAUCAGAUCCUCAAUUGACAGAAAAUUUGGCGUCAAGCUUGAAAAAUGAUAUUUCUUUAGAUCUAUCUGAUUUGUCUUCUAGUCUUUUAAAAAUUAAUUCUUCACCGUUAUUGAAUGAAAUAAAACGGGAACAAGAAGAAAUGAAUAUAAACUUAAAGGAUUUUAGUGAAAAUGAACUGUCAACACGCGAUUUGCCUAUAAAGGGAGAAGAUUCUAAAUACACAUUUCAAUUGAUUGCUAAAAGUACACCUGACAGUUUAAACACUAUUCAAAAAACUGUGACAGAUUCGCAAGACAUACUUCCUAAACCUAUACCAAUUAAAAAGGAAGUUCGUUUUGAAACUCCUGAUACGAAAAAGAGAGAAAGUUCUCGCAAUAGAAUUCACAAAGGAAACAACCAACAGAAUCGCUCUGGUGUUAGGCAAAGUAGAAAAAAUCGUUAUAAUAGACAUCGCAAAUACUCUACAGAAAACUCACAGUGUUCAGACGAAAUGAAAAAAAAUAUGGCUCCAGCUCUUACAUUAAACCACCAAAGCUUAGAAGAUGACACUGAUGUAACUAGCAUUUGUUCCACCUGCUCCAGCUCAUCUUCCAGCGGAGAUGAAGAAACAUAUGCGAUUCCCAUUAAACGGACUUUUCUAGGAAGAAAAGUUAAUUAUAUUCCGAACGAUGCUCUUGCAGUAGCACGACGUGAAAGAAAAACAGAGAUUGAUAAAGAUGAUAAAAAUUGUAUUAUAUCAUGAUCUAAAUAAUUAAAUAUGCAAUUGAUAUGUAUUUACAUGCCUAUUUAAUAUCUAAUAAAAAAAUAAGUAGAUAUGCUCUUUAAUUUAAGCAUGUUUU